AUGCAAGCUCGCGCUCGUCGGGAACUAGCGGCCGUCGCGGCCGACGCUCUUCCCGGUUUCUUUGAAUGCCGCUGUAUUGUCAAGAUACGAGAACUUCGCGACGUCGUCGAAGGACUGCCGCGCCUCGUCAUGGAAGCGGACGAUUUCGGUUUCGCCCACACGCCGAUGUCGACGACGCGGGCGUCAGAUAUUGAUCCAGGAAGUUUAGACCCUAGCGACUCCGCCAACGACCCCUUCUUCAAGAGACUUUGGGAUCUUCACGAUCUGGCGACAACGGUGGAGGGCGUGGACACCGAAAACUGGCCGGAAGCGCGUAGGGAGAAGGAUGCUUUGCUCCUUAAGCUGGACGCGCUAUUCGUGGCCUUGGCCAACACCCUGAGCGUGGCCUACUUCACUCAAGCCACGGCAGUAGAAGCACAAACCGCCGCCGCCGCCGCCGAGCGCGAAGCCAACGGACCCGUAUACGACACCGCACCCUACUUCGUCGAACCUAUGAGCAGCGCAACCCCAGUUGCCUCUGCUGUCUGCGUCGUCAUCGCCGCCUCACUUCUGCUGCUUGGCCUUUCCGAAGAGAAAUGUCGCUUUCUUCUAGACAGCUUCAGCUUCGUCUUGCGUCUGGCCCUGCGCAGAACCGGAAUGACGCAGGCUGACAUAUCGGCGGAGAUCGGCUCGAUACCUCACGACACCCGCACAGUUGUGAAAAAUCUGGGCCUCCGCGUGAAAUAUAGCUCCCGCGUUUGCUGUCCUUCCUGCUACGCCUGUUAUCCCGACCACGGGCUGGGCUCAUAUCCCGAACGAUGCUCAGAGCCAACCGCACCAGACGGACCACCCUGCGGCGAGCUUCUCACGAGGCAGAGAAACAUCGCGGGCCAGAUCUGGACUUACCCCGCUCGGCGGGUCGUCCUCCAAGAUCUCAAGGCUUGGAUAGCUUGGUUGCUGAGCCGUCCCGGGAUUGUGUCGGCGCUCAUCAGCGAGGCAGCACUGAAGGAGGAGAUGGGAGAUAUCUGGGACGCAUUCGAGCUCGCGAACUUCAUGGGGCCGGAUGGGAAAACACACUUCAUGACAGUCCACGUCGGCGAGAUACGGCUUGUAUUUGCUCUAAACAUCGACGGCUUCAACCCAUUUCAGAUGAAGGAAGCUGGCCGUAAAGCUACGACCACAGCCAUGUACAUGGUCUGUCUGAAUCUGCCUCCUCACCUGCGCUACCGGGUCGAGAACAUGUUCCUCGUCGGCCUUAUCCCCGGCCCCGGCUCCCCCUCCACGUCUCAGAUCAACAGCAUUCUUUCAAUAGUAGUAGAGAUGCUUCUCGAGUUCUGGAAAGACGGUGUCGCGUACUCCCGUGUACCCCUUCACGAAGCCGGAGUUCUAGUCCGACUGGCUCUCUUCAUCGUCGUUUGCGAUACCCCCGCCGCCCGGCAAGUUUCAGGAUUUGGCGCCCAUAACCACACAUUCUUCUGCCCGUACUGCCUCUUGCCGUACAAGGAGCGGAAUAAUCUCAAUCCCAAGUCGUGGCCACCGCGAGCACUCGCCGCACACAAGGACUGCGCUCAGAGAUGGCGGGACGCGCCCACCGCCGCCGAGCGUGAGAAGGUGUUUGCAGAGUCCGGCGUCCGUUACUCGGCUCUCCUGCGUUUGCCUUAUUGGGAUCCCUCUCGCAUGACUGUCAUCGACAUGAUGCAUGCAUUGUUCGAAGGGAACCUCAGGCGACUUUGCCGCGGCUUCUGGGGCAUGUCGGCCUCACGCGAUGACGGCGACGGUACUUUCUACGACCCAGUUCCACUCGGUCCUCACGACGCACUCCUGGACGAGCUCUGGCUCCAUGUCAAGACUUCUUCCGGGGAUGUUCUACAGAAGAUGAGGCUGGAUCAGUUACGCGCUCUCGUCUCUCGAGAAGGUGUGCCUAUUCCUCGCCUCGCCGGGCGGAACAAGGGGACGAAGGAACCUUAUAUUGCGGGCUUGAUUCAAUGGCGGAUCCGUAUGAACUGGUUCAGUGAGGACGGCGAGAGGCUCGGUGAUCUUGACGAGACGCAAGUGCCCCGCCCCAUAUCGGAGAUCCUUGCGGAACCUCAUCCUUCGGAACUUGCAUCGUUCAAGGAAUACUUCGCAUUUGCGCCCGAAUCCGAGUAUUUUAGCGAGUUUACAAAGAAGGUGCUGCUCGCUGGCUUGACAGACGCCAUGCAGCUUGGCUCCGAAGACCCUAUACGUGACGACCUCAAGAAGUUAACCAAACUGCAGUUAUUGGAAAGGGUGAAUCGAUUGGAGCAGGGCAUCGUAAGUCCGAGCGGAGAACUCCUCAACAGCGAUCCCGCGCGAUUCAUUGAAGCUGUACGCACAUUUGCUGGAAGAAGCCGGAAAAGAACGUCGAUUCUUGGCAAGCGCCGCCUUUCGCAGCUUUGGAAGGAUAUGGAGCGCACCGUCAUUCCCAGCUGGAUGGGUAAGGCUCCCCGUCAUAUCGGGGACGGUAAACAUCGCAAAGUCUCCGCGGAUGACUGGCGUUCGUUCGUCCUUGUGAACCUAGUGAUCACCAUGGGGCGCUUGUGGGGCGGAUCACAGUUCGAAGGUUCUCGCGAGCGGGCCCUACUCGACAACCUGAUGCAUCUCGUCACGGCAACGAAAGUGGCGGCUUAUCGGAAGAUGACAACAGCACGCGUGCGGACGUACGUCAAGCACAUGAAGCUCUGGCUGGAAGGACUUCGCGAACUUUUCCCUGGCAUAUCCCUUGAAUCCAAUCAGCAUCUAUCUCUCCAUCUCCCUUACUUCCUCCUCUCUCUUGGUCCUACUCACGCCUGGCGGUGCUUCGUCUUUGAACGCUGGAACUAUCUUCUUCAGCUCGUCAACACAAACAACCACUUCGGUGAACUGGAGUCGACAAUGUUUCAUCGUAUCACGAUGCAGCAGCGCUUGCGUGCCUUGGUGUACGACGGAGGGCUCCGGCCAGAUCUGCAGGAGCUCGAGCCCAUAUUUGAGCGGCUAUUGGGAAAGGACAACAGGGGCACCAUGCUCAACGACAUCCUCGCUUUCGAACCAGCUCAGCAACCCACUUCAGCGCCAGAGCAUUAUCGCAAGUUUGACGCUUCCGUGUUUGUUCCCGAGGUUCUCCGGCAACUUGCGCUUCUCAUACAGCGCGAUUUCCGCGUCUCGCUCAGGCCCAAUCUACUCCGGCCUUCUGAGCGAAGGAGUAUCGACGUCGGGCCUGUCUCUUACAGUGCCAAUCCUCCCAACUGCUUUGUAGCUGUUGGACCGCUAUCCGGAGAAUGGAAGCUUGCCCGUAUAACGCGUGUAUUCACGCAUAGCUUCAAGGUUCCUGAGACGACGCGCUCAGUCCAGCGCGACUACGCCAUAGUGCAAUCCUUCCGAUCCCUUGAGGACGCUGAUGCGAAACAGGACUACUUUCGUCAAUGGCCAGAAGCAGGUGGCAAGUUGUUCUACGCGGAGUUGGUCGAGGAGGUCCGCGUCAUUCCCCUCGAGGAGAUCGCCUGUCAUUGUUGCGUGAUUCAAUGGGACGAUUGGCCGGGAAUCGAGUGUCCAGUUUUCCACGCUCUUCCUGGCAACCGCGAUUAA